AUGUCAAUUCCACGCAUUGCAACCUCUUUCCUCCUGCGGGGCUCGCGAUCCUCAAUUGCGAGGGCGCCUCGACAGUUUAGAGCCUUCCCAAUCCCGACUUCCCGCGCCACGCCCCUUGCGACCAGAAGCCAAUUCCGACCCUAUUCCCAAGACUCCCCCCCUCUAAGCAAAAUCUACGCCUUCGAAGAUGUCCAAAAACUUUCCACAAACCCCUCGCCAUCCCGCAUCCUAAUCGACUCGCGCGAACCCGGCGAAUUGCAAAGCAGCGGCACUAUUCCAGGGGCUUUGAAUAUACCGGUUGUUAGUCAAGCGGACUCUUGGUUUAUUACACCGGAUGAGUUUGAAGAUAGAUAUGGGUUUGAGAGGCCGGGGAAGGAUGUCGAGGUUGUGUUUUUCUGUAAGGCGGGCGUGAGGAGUAAGGCUGCGGCAGAGCUGGCGAGGCAGGCGGGGUGGGCGAAGAUUGGGGAGUAUAAGGGGAGUUGGCUUGAUUGGGAGGGGAAGGGGGGUAAGAUCGAGGGUGGGAGGAUUUGA